AUGUCAGACUCUUCAGAGCCUCGUGCUCAACUUGGAACUGUCACAUCUGAAGCUCUAAAUCAGAUGCUAAAGACACCAUGUGACGAGGUGUUCGCCUUCAGCUCUGAUGGUCAGACCUACACCGCGCCCAGAUGUCUCGUCGGUACGCCGGUACGAAAGAUCACGGAGACUGAAGAUUAUUGGAAGUCGGGAUGGCUCUCCCUGGAAACUUUCCUGGCUCAAGAGAAGAACGAAGAGAAAACCAAAGCUGAAGCUCACGGACAGCUCAUUCUGGAUCCAUCAAACAAGAAUGCCAAAAAGAUGCAUAAGAUCCAUUCAGACAAUGUGUCCAAGCAUCGCAAGAUCAGGGAGAUUUUCGGACAAAACUCAUCUUAUCAUCCUAACCAGCUUGUUAGCAAGCACCAUCUGCCCGCAGAGGGACUUUGCAGCAAAGAGAUCAUGUACAAACUCGCGUGCAAAAUCUCUGACUGCCAAAUCCUUCGCGACAAAGGAGAACUUGUGAUGGAUCCGUUCGAUUUUAUUCGAUGGAGAGUCUGGCUGCAACUGCGCUCCCAACUCAACUUCGCCGCGCAGAGUGGUAAAGACUACGUGAAACCAAUCCUCUCGCAAAUCUUUGAGGACUGUGAAACGGCUUUGUCUCGCCCAUACAAGGAUCCACUGCUUCGCGCAGCUAUUAUCAGGUCGGCCGGUUACCAGAACCGCCUAAACAGCUACGGCACUGUUACCAACAAAGGCAAAGUCACUGACAGAAGCACGAAGGCGGUUACUGGAAGCAAGGGAACAGACAGCAAGGUUGUCCGCAACAAAGUUGCCGUUUCCUCUCGGGUUGAGAAGGUUCGAAAGAGGCCUGCUCAGCCCAGCACAUACCAAGGCGUCAAUGGCUUCCGCGCUGAGCAGAUAGCCCGGCAAAUCUCUGAGAGCGAUGCUUCGAAGAACUGA